AUGUCACCAGGCCCAACUAUUGCUCAGACGCAAGCGACCUUCGUCACGUCUUUCCGCCUGUAUUGCCGCGCGCGGCGACAUCUUCUGUGGAUCGAUGACGGAUUUGCAGCCGCCGCCAUGAUGUUCGAUAUCGCCUUGAUGGUUUGCAGUGCUUUGUAUCUGAGAGGCUACGUUGUGCGACUGGCAUACUGGGGGACCCAGAGGAGGAUACUCAUCCGCAUUGCAAUCAUCUUUGGCGUUAUAUGGGCUAUACUUUUUGCACAAGUGUGGUGGACUUGUGAAUCGAACCCUAGUUGGAAAAAGCUACCACGUCCGCAGUGCCCUCUCGGCAGAAAUGUCGCGAUAGCACAGAUUGUCACCGACGUUUUAGGAGACACUGUCCUUAUCUUGGCUCCAUUUCUUCUCAUUUACAAAGCCACAUUGACGACACCACAAAGAGUCCGGGUGAUCUGCCUGUUCUCUACAUCAGCGAUCACCACAGCUGUCAGUCUCACUCAUGCAUAUUAUGUCUUGACUGUGGGAGAGCUCAAGGAGGCAGUAUCUGCCAUGUUCGAGGCGUCUAUAUCUCUAAUCGUCGCAAACUUAAGUGUGGUUGUUACAUUCUUCUUGCGCAUGCUCGCAGAUGACGAAAGGAUGUCGCGACCACAGUUGGAAUCAGGGUCGACUACUAUAGAAUUUGAAGGCGUCGGAUCCAGAGUCGACGAGUAG